CAAGAAACCGUUCAUGAAUUCAAGAGAAUUUGGUGUAUUGAUAUACUUUUAAAUUUGCGAAAGAAUGCUUCUUUAUUGCCACGACCAACUUUGGUCGUGGGGAAGUGUACCAAAGUCCGCUCCGCCCCAGGAAGAACAGAGGAGGGUUAAGCGGACAUACAUCGUGGGUCUCACAUUAUGCAGGUGUUGGGAGUUUCACACAUAUUUCAUUAACUAUUGAAAUGCCUGUGUCUGCCAAAAAACAAUUUGCAUUCAAAAGAGCAUCCUUGUCUUCGUGGCUCGAUCAAUGCUUUAAAAGAAAAGGACAAAUACCUAAGUAAAUGACAAGAACUGGGGGUUGUUAGAAAGUACUCCCCUCAGAUAGAACCUGUGUAAUAUUUUCCGUGUCAGUAAGUGAGAAAAGAAGAAAAAGCCGUUCCCUGUCUGGCAGGAGUUGGGAUGGGGGUGACACAAGAUUCAAAAGACAACGUUGCUGGACGAGAGACAAUUGAAGGCAAAAGCAUAUGCGAUAGAAGGAGAAGAGUCCUCUGAGAUCUGGAGGAAGAUGGUGAAGUGUCUGGGUGGUGGUGGCAAGGUGACCAAGAAAUGCAUGAAAGAGUCCAAGAAGACAUGGGAGAUAGCUGCACCUGCUAUUCUCACCGCAGUUGCCCAGUUCUCAAUUGGGGUUAUGACUGCUGCAUUUGUUGGGUAUGUGGGUGAUGUGGAGUUUGCUGCUGUCUCUAUUGUUCAGAAUGUGCUUGAAGGCUUUGUCUAUGGGGUCAUGCUUGGGAUGGGAAGCGCCCUCGAGACGCUCUGCGGUCAAGCUGUUGGUGCGGGGAAACUGCACAUGCUGGGCAUCUACAUGCAAAGAUCAUGCAUCAUCACCGGCGUCACAGCCUUGCUUCUAACCCCCGUCUAUAUUUUUGUAUCGCCAAUACUUCAAAUCCUUCGGCAAGACAAGCAUAUUUCUGACCUUGCAGGGAAGUACUCGGUGUUAGUAAUUCCACAAUUAUAUGCUUACGCCUUGAACUUUCCUGUUCAAAAGUUUCUGCAAUCUCAAAGUAAAGUUUGGGUCAUGACCAUCAUCUCCUUAAUGGCUCUGGCAUUACAUGGUCUUCUGAAUUGGGUGUUGCUGACAAAGCUUCAAUAUGGCCUUAAGGGGGCUGCGAUAGCUGGAAAUAUAUCAUGGUGGUUCUUGGUCGUGGCUCAAACAAUAUAUGUGGUCGGUGGUUUCUUCCCAGUGGCGUGGACUGGUUUCUCUAUGCUUGCUUUCAAGUCGCUAACUAGCUUCGUGAAGCUGUCGCUGGCAUCAGCCAUUAUGUUAUGCCUGGAGCUGUGGUAUUACACAGCCGUUAUUCUCAUGGUGGGAUGCUUGAAAAAUCCAGAAAUUGCAGUUGACGCCAUAUCGAUCUGCAUGAAUUUGCAAACCUGGGCUCUGAUGAUUGCCCUAGGCUUCAAUGCUUCUGUGAGUGUGAGAGUGUCCAAUGAACUCGGUGGUGGAGAUGCCAAAGCAGCAAAGUUUUCGGUAUUGAUCAAUAUUUUCACAUCCACAGCAAUAGGGAUUUUCUUCACAGCAGCAGUAGCUUCAACAACGACUGUGUUCCCCAAGAUAUUUAGCAACCAACAAGAAGUCAUAACAGAGACGUCGAAGCUCGGUUACUAUCUCGCAGCUACAAUCUUCCUCAAUAGUAUCCAACCAGUUCUUCACGGGGUGGCGGUUGGUGCAGGAUGGCAAUUCUUCGUCGCCAUAGUGAACAUUGGAUGCUACUAUCUUUUGGGGCUUCCAAUCGGAGCCUUGCUUGGAUACAGGUUCAAGCUUGGUGCAGUUGGCAUUUGGAUCGGGAUGCUAAUUGGCUGCCUAAGCCAGACCGUCGUGCUUCUCUUUAUUAUCUUUCGAGCAAAUUGGCGAAAGGAGGCUCUGCAGGCCGAGAUACGCAUGAGAACAUGGGGCGGGCAAUCGGAACCUCCAGAGGAACCUCCAGAGAUUACAUCAGAACCCAAUGGAACACGCCGACUGAAUACAUAAUAUACACUUACUGAUACUAUAGUUUUUUUUGGAAUAAAACCUUGCUAUCAAUUUUCUUCUUUUCUUUUCUGACUUUAUAUCACAUAUAGAAUUUGUGCAGAUGAAAGAUAAAUAAGUUGACGCGAGAUGGUUAUAUC